AUGUCUCUCUCCCAACGAACCCUGGGCCAUGGCGGCCCCAAAGUCUCUGCUGUUGGUCUCGGAUUCGGCAGCUUCACCGGCUUCUAUGGACCACCCGGUACCACCGAGGAAAGGCUAACACGCCUAGACCAUGCGCAUUCCAUCGGCUCGCGGUUCUGGGAUCUUGCGGAUAUCUACGGCGACAGCGAAGAUCUCGUUGGCGAGUGGAUAAGGCGAUCUGGGAAGCGGAGCGAUAUCUUUAUCGCCACCAAAUGUGGGCUCCAGCGACAGCCCAACGGGACAUUCGCCUUUUGCUCUGACCCGGAAUAUGUCAAGCAGGCUUGCGAUCGGAGCCUCGAGCGACUCGGUGUCGACACGAUCGACCUUUACUACUGUCAUCGAGUGGAUGGGGUGACUCCGAUAGAACGGACCAUAGAAGCCAUGGUUGAGCUGAAGAACCAGGGAAAGAUUCGAUAUAUCGGCGUCUCGGACGUGUCGGCGGCGACUCUGCGGCGCGCGCACGCUGUCCACCCCAUCGCAGCUCUACAGAUUGAGUACAGCCUGUUCACACUUGAUAUCGAGUCAUCUACAUCGAAGGUCCUUGAAACCGCCCGUGAACUCGGCAUUACUGUCGUAGCAUUUAGCCCUAUUGGGCGUGGUAUCCUCGCCGGCCAGUUUCGAUCUCGCGCAGACUUCCCACAGGGUGACCUUCGCGCCAUGUAUCCCAAGUACGCCGAGGAGAACUUCCCGGAGAUUAUGAAGCUGGUGGAGGGAGUCGAGGAGGUGGCGAGCAGUCAUGGAAGCACUCCUGCACAAGUCGCCCUUGCGUGGCUGUUGGCUCAGGGCCCAGAAAUCAUCCCCAUCCCUGGGACCAGGUCGCCCGCGAAAAUGGACGAAAAUUCGGCCUCGGCGCGGCUUGAAUUGAGCAAUGAGGAAAUGCAACGCCUCCGGGCCCUGGCAGAGAAGGCAGAUAUUCAAGGGACUCGUUAUCCCCCUGCGAUGAUGGACGUUCUUCACACCGACACUCCUCUACCAUAG